AUGAGUCUCAAAGGUGUGACCAAGAGUUUAACUCGCGCGCCGCAGCAGUUCAAACAGCGCUUUAACAUCGGCGAGAACACCAAAGAUGCCGUAUACAUUGAUGCGGAACGGCGGUUUGCCGAGCUGGAGAAAGAGACCAAGAAGCUGCAUGAGGAGUCAAGGAAAUACUUUGACGCAAUCAAUGGCAUGCUGAACCACCAGAUCGAAUUCUCCAAGGCGAUCCAAGAAAUCUACAAGCCCAUAUCAGGCCGUGUCUCUGAUCCCAACUCGUUGAUACCCGAGGGCAACCCGGAAGGUAUUCGAGCAUGCGAGGAAUACGAAUCAAUUGUGCGCGACCUGCAGGCCACAUUACAACCGGAACUGGAGAUGAUCGAACAACGAGUGAUCGCCCCGGCAGACCAAUUGCUCGAGGUCAUCAAAGUGAUCCGGAAGGUUGCGGUGAAGCGCCAACACAAACAGUUGGACUAUGAUCGUCACCGAGCCACCUUGAAGAAGCUCCAGGACAAGAAAGAAAAGACAUUGAAGGACGAAAAGGCGCUGUACAAGGCCGAAAAUGACGUGGAGCAAGCCACUCAGGACUACGAACACUUCAACAAUCUCCUCAAGGACGAACUCCCCAAACUGUUUGCGCUGGAGGCCGACUUCAUCCGACCGCUGUUCCAGUCGUUCUACUACAUGCAAUUGAACCUUUUCUACACGCUGCAUGAAAAGAUGCAAGCCAUCAACAUCGGCUACUUCAACCUCAACCUGGACAUUGAAGAAGCCUUUGAGAUGAAGCGAGGAGACGUGCGGGAAAGGGCCGAGGCUUUGACCAUUGUUCACUUCAAGGCCACCGGCGGCGUGAAGGCGGGUCACGGAAUAUCCAAGUACGGGUUCGGUGCAAAGGCAAAAGAAGCCGAAGCGGGCAGAUCGUCCUUUGCAAGCCGGCGAACGAGCAACUUGGAAGACGGCCAGUCCCAUCCUCCUCCUCCAUACUCUCCCACAGGCUCGGCGAGUAGUGUGCCCACGAGUCCCGCACUAGGCUCCUCGAGCGCAGCAAAGUUCAAGCCACCGCCACCAAAGCCGAAACCAAGUCGUCUGAGCGGUGUCCCUGCCGCCGAGACUGUCACCGCGCUGUACGACUAUGAAGCACAAGCCGAAGGAGACUUGAGCUUCAUGACCGGAGACGUCAUUGAGAUUGUGUCGCGCACUCAGAACGAGAAUGAAUGGUGGAUCGGCCGGCUGAAUGGGAAGGAAGGGCAAUUUCCUGGCAAUUACGUGCGUCUGAAUUAG